CGCCUGCUCGCCUGCUCCCAACUGCUUGGUGCUUUUGGACCGGCGAGUGGGCGCGGAGAAGCUGGCUCCCAGAUCACGUAGAGACCAUCGCGGCCACUGCAGCGCGAGUCGUGCUACGGGCUGGCACCGCACAAGACGCGGGGGUCCAGAGAUUAUUUCUCUUUAUUCAGAAGCAUAAAGUUGUUUGCUGAUUGCAAGAAGAUGUUUCUUUGGCUCUUUCUGAUUUUGUCAGCCCUGCUUUCAUCGACAACUGCAGAUUCCGAUAUAUCGGUGGAAAUUUGCAAUGUGUGUUCCUGCGUGUCUGUUGAGAAUGUUCUCUAUGUGAACUGUGAGAAGGUUUCAGUCUACAGACCAAAUCAACUGAAACCCCCUUGGUCUAAUUUCUAUCACCUCAAUUUCCAGAACAAUUUUUUAAAUAUUCUUUAUCCAAAUACAUUCUUGAAUUUUUCACACGCAGUAUCCCUGCAUCUGGGAAAUAAUAAACUGCAGAACAUUGAGGGAGGAGCCUUUCUCGGGCUCAGUGCAUUAAAGCAGUUACACUUGAACAACAAUGAAUUAAAGAUUCUCCGAGCUGACACUUUCCUUGGCAUAGAGAACUUGGAGUAUCUCCAGGCUGACUACAAUUUAAUCAAGUAUAUUGAACGAGGAGCCUUCAAUAAGCUCCACAAACUGAAAGUUCUCAUUCUUAAUGACAAUCUGAUUUCAUUCCUUCCUGAUAAUAUUUUCCGAUUCGCAUCUUUGACCCACCUGGAUAUACGAGGGAACAGAAUCCAGAAGCUCCCUUACAUUGGAGUUCUGGAACACAUUGGCAGGGUCGUUGAAUUGCAACUGGAAGAUAACCCUUGGAACUGCAGCUGUGAUUUGUUGCCUCUAAAGGCUUGGCUGGAGAAUAUGCCAUAUAACAUUUACAUAGGAGAAGCUAUCUGUGAAACUCCCAGUGACUUAUAUGGAAGGCUUUUAAAAGAAACCAACAAACAAGAAUUAUGUCCUAUGGGCACAGGCAGUGAUUUCGAUGUGCGCAUUCUGCCACCAUCUCAGCUGGAAAAUGGCUAUACCACUCCCAAUGGUCACACUACCCAAACAUCCUUGCACAGACUAGUGACCAAACCACCGAAAACGACCAAUCCUUCUAAGAUCUCUGGAAUCGUAGCAGGCAAAGCCCUCUCUAACCGCAAUCUCAGUCAGAUUGUGUCUUAUCAAACAAGAGUGCCUCCUCUGACACCUUGCCCAGCACCUUGCUUUUGCAAAACACAUCCUUCAGAUUUGGGACUGAGUGUGAACUGCCAAGAGAAAAAUAUACAGUCUAUGUCUGAGCUGAUACCAAAACCUCUAAAUGCCAAGAAGUUGCAUGUCAAUGGCAAUAGCAUCAAAGAUGUGGACAUUUCAGACUUCGCUGAGUUUGAAGGACUGGAUUUGCUCCAUUUAGGCAGCAAUCAGAUUACAGUGAUCAAGGGAGAUGUAUUCCGCAAUCUUACUAAUUUACGCAGGCUGUAUCUCAAUGGCAAUCAAAUCGAAAGACUGUAUCCUGAGAUAUUUUCAGGCCUUCAUAACCUGCAAUAUCUGUAUUUGGAAUACAAUUUGAUUAAGGAAAUCUUAGCAGGCACCUUUGACUCCAUGCCAAACUUGCAGUUACUGUAUUUAAACAAUAAUCUCUUGAAGAGCCUGCCUGUUUACAUUUUUUCUGGAGCACCUCUUGCUAGACUGAAUCUGAGGAACAACAAAUUCAUGUACCUACCUGUCAGUGGAGUUCUUGAUCAGCUGCAGUCUCUUACGCAGAUUGACUUGGAGGGCAACCCGUGGGACUGUACUUGUGACCUGGUGGCAUUAAAGCUGUGGCUGGAGAAGUUAAAUGAUGGGAUUGUUGUGAAAGAACUGAAAUGUGAGACACCUGUUCAGUUUGCCAGCAUUGAACUGAAGUCCCUCAAAAAUGAAAUCCUAUGUCCUAAACUUCUCAAUAAGCCAUCUGCACCAUUCACAAGCCCUGCACCUGCUAUUACAUUCACCACUCCAUUGGGUCCCAUUCGAAGUCCUCCUGGGGGCCCAGUGCCUCUGUCUAUUUUAAUAUUAAGUAUACUAGUGGUUCUCAUUUUAACUGUGUUUGUCGCUUUUUGCCUUCUUGUUUUUGUGCUACGACGCAACAAGAAACCCACGGUGAAGCACGAAGGCCUGGGAAAUCCUGAAUGUGGCUCUAUGCAGCUGCAGCUAAGGAAGCACGACCACAAAACCAAUAAAAAAGAUGGACUGAGCACAGAAGCAUUCAUCCCACAAACCAUAGAACAGAUGAGCAAGAGCCACACCUGUGGGUUGAAAGAGUCAGAAACUGGGUUCAUGUUUUCCGAUCCUCCAGGACAGAAAGUCAUGAUGAGAAAUGCUGCUGACAAGGAGAAGGAUUUAUUACACAUGGAUACCAGGAAGAGACUGAGCACAAUUGAUGAACUGGAUGAAUUAUUCCCGAGCAGGGAUUCCAAUGUGUUUAUUCAAAAUUUUCUGGAAAGCAAGAAGGAGUAUAAUAGUAUAGGGGUCAGCGGCUUUGAGAUCCGCUAUCCAGAAAAACAACAAGAUAAAAAAACCAAGAAGUCACUGAUUGGUGGCAACCACAGUAAAAUUGUUGUGGAGCAAAGGAAGAGUGAGUAUUUUGAACUGAAGGCAAAACUUCAGAGUUCCCCUGACUACCUACAGGUCCUCGAGGAGCAAACGGCGUUGAACAAGAUAUAGGUCAUGCAAUCUAACUUCAUACAGAGGACAUUUAUUUAAUGAUGAAAGUGCCUUUUGUUGACUUCUAACUCCCAAAUACUAUAUUAUCAAUAGGCAUAGAGGCAGGUGUUUCCAAGGUUGUCUCAUUAACUGUAGCUGCAAAGAUGUAUCAAGUAGAAGAGAAUUUCCUUAAUAGAUUUUACUACAGAAAACCUAUACUGUGGAGUCCUGUGGGGAUACUGCAAAUUCUAUUGCCAAAGGGAUGCUUUAUACACAUAAUACACUGAAUUUAACCUCAAGAGGCAAAUUCGUUUUGUACCCCAAUACAAAACCUUCGUCUCUUUGUGCUUUGUAAAGCAAGCUCAAGAAAACUGGUACCAGUGUUUGUACUUCAACUGGGUCCUUCAUCUUGCACGUAGAUUAAGUUGGUGGAACUGGAAUAAUCCUUUUGAUUUGUGGCACUGUAACAACUCUGUGUAAAGAUUAUCUGAAAAGUGUAAAAAAAAAAAAAGCAUGCAAAGAGAGAACAUUCGAUAGUAUUUGUAAAUCGGUAACCUUUAUGGCCUGCAUCUUGAAACCGCUGGAUUUAUAACGUUAAAUUGUGCAGAUACUUGUUUAAAAUAUACCAUGCAUUACUUAAGUAUAAAAUAAAUUUGAACACUUUAAGCGUUACCUGUCUAUACAUAAAAUCCUAAAAGAGAAAAAAAAUCCACGUGAGUAACAUAGCAUUUGUGGUGAUCUGAAGAAAUGCGUGAUAUUUAUCAAAAUUAAAAAUGGCUCAAAUUAUUCUAACCCUAGAGUUUGUUCUCAGUUAUGUGAAAACCCCACAAUCCUUAACGGUUGUCCAAAAUUAGCAAAGUGCUUACCGUGUGAGCGCAGUCAAAGCUAUUUUUGUAACAUAAUUCAUAUUUAUGAAGUACUUUGUAUACUAAAUAGGAAAAUAUGUACUCCUUAAAAUGUAUUUACUAUGCUUGACUUAUUUUCCUGAUCACAGAAAAUUUAUCAGUACGUGUAAAAUUUAGAUAGAAAAAAAUACGUAACUGAAAUGAAAGGAAAUGGUGUACAGAAAAUUUUGGACUUUGUGAUCAGGUAUAAUUUAAAACUAGAAAAAAAAAUUAAAAAAAAGAAACAAAAAUACAAAGACUAUAAAAAACAAAAAUCAGUUCUGUGCUAUUCUUGUGAAUUUAGCAUAUUAUAUUCAGAUUUGUUAACAAGUGUGCAUUUUAAAAUAGGUUCUUUAGUUUCAUAGUAUUGUGUCUAGGGCACUGGUUAUUUGCCAUCAGUUGUCUUGCUUUUCAGGAUUCUAUGAGAUUAAUUCAAGUAGUUUUCACUAUGAGUAUUUAAAACAACUAAAGACUAAGCUGAAUAGUAUCUUGUAUGCAUCUGUAUCGUGUUCUUUCAUCAUUCUGACUACUAUCAGAUAAUCUAGUAGAACUACAAACAUCAUGGUAGUCUCGGCUAUCAAAGCCCCACUGUAACAUGCUUGCAUUGGACUCAGAUGAGCUCACAGACUGCAACUACAGUGAUAUGUCCCUGUGUUUGCUCAUGCUGUUAAACUGUAAGUAAUAAUUGGUCAAAGGAAUUAAGUGUUUGAUAACAGGUUAAUAUUUGAAGAUUUUAAGAGCUCCCAAUUGCAAAGUGAUAUUCAGAAAUAUAUUACCUUCUUGGUAAGCUGAUGUGUAUAUGUGUGUUUGUGUAUCUAUGUAUACACACAUGCAUAUACAUAUAUGUACGUAUGUGUAUAUGUACAUAUAUGAACAUAUAUGUAUUUAUUCAUUAAUUACUAUAUCAAUCAGUAGUUAACCAAGAAGGCAAAACAUAGGCAUUCUUCAUGAAUUUCAAGUGGAAGAUAUUUUGGUUCAGUUUCUGAGAUGACAUUAUGAUUAAAAGUUAACAGCGAUUCCUUUAUUAAGCACUAUUUUCAGGGCUUUAUGUGUCUGUUCCAAGAUUAAAAGUUAAACUUGGCAUUCUUGGAAGGAUAUAUGUGUGUGUGUGUGUGUGUGUGUGUGUGUGUGUGUGUGUGUGUGUGUGUGUUUGGGUAUAUAUUCAUACAUAUAGAUAAUUUGGAGAAUUUUUUAAAUAGCAAAAAUAUCUCCAUAUGUAUGUGCUGGUGCUCUUAAAAUUUUAAUGUGUAAUUUUAAUUUUCAUGACAAUGUCUGUGAAAAUUUUCUAUGAAUAUAAAAAUAUCUAAACAAAUAAUUGCUUUAUGAUCUUGAAAGGAAAGACAAGAUGUGUGCUCAACAGCUUGUAUUCAUCUACAAUUUCAUAAGGACUUUUAAUAGGCCAUUACCAUGCUUGCAUCCAUGGAAUAAAGGGCUCCUAAUGCACAGUGACAGGAUAACAAUGCAAUGGCUGCAAAGCAAGUGCUUUAGCUUAUCCUGUCAAUAAUGUAUGGGUGGAGGAAUCGUAAGUAGACACUGAGGGGAGGAACUGGAAAGCCCCAUCCAUGAUCUGGGAAUAGUGGCUCAUUGGGAUGAUGAUGCCUUUUUAUUCAGUGUGGUGUUUUACGAUGUUUUAAGAUAUUUCCAGAUUUCUGCAGAAUUAUCAAUGGCAAGAGUACCUGCCUCCAUCUCACAGCUUGCUGUAGUAUAUUGGCUAUCUCAUAUUCUUCUGCUGAGAGGUAUAAAUGUCAAAAAUAUAUAAGGAUACAGUAAUUUAAUUGUACAUGGUUAUUUUGGAGGUUCUAAUUGUAAAUGAAAGUAACAACUCCUUGGUUAAGGCUAAUAUAGUUUCCUUAACUAAAGUCAUUGUGCCUACAUUACACAGUGUAUACCAUUUUCACCUGUCUCUCAUUAGUUCUACCUGUAUAUUUUAUGAUAACCUAGCUAAGCAUUGGUUCUGAGUUGAGUGCAAGAGCAGUUAAAAUACCGUAUCUAUAUUUUGUUGAUUUCAACUAUAACCUUGAUGUUAGUUUAACCCCUUAGGGUAUAAUAUGUACACGAGUACAGAAUUUUUAGUAGAACUUUGAUUCAAAUAUAAAAAAAUUCCAAGAAGUGCUAGUUUCUAAUGAAUGACACACAUCCUGAGUGUGUUGGCAUUAUAGUUGUGUGUGGACUGUGCUAGAACAGCUACAAAGAAAAGUAGAUCUCAUGAAAUCAGUGAAGGGGUUGAGAUAAUAUAUUGUGUUCAUGUAAUAUAAAUCAAGUUUUAAAUUAUUUUUUUAUGAAAUCAAUAAAUAUGAUUCAAUUCUUCAAAAGUAAAUCUUUGUGUAAUUUUCUGAGAAAGCAGCUAUUAAAGUAUAGUGAUUCAAGUCUAUAAGGCAAUUUAUAUUCUAUAUUUAGUUUUUCAUUCUGUGUAAUAAACUAAAUAAAUAUAUUAAUUAGAAAGUCAUUUAAGACCACCCUUCUUUUUAACAUUUAAUUUUUUAAGCCAUAAAGAUACAUAAAUUACAUAGGGCAUGGCCCCAUGGAUAACGUCAACAGAUAUUUCAGAGAUAACAGAAGACAUUUAGAAAUGUAUGGUGAUAAAAUUAAUCGAUAAUAAUUUUGCAUGACUUUUACAUUGAUAUUGUAUGAAAUGAGCACAGUGAGGUUUUUCGUUUUCUUUUUUGUUUUGUUAUUGAUGUCACAUCCAAAGACUUGGGGAGGAGAUAUAUUAAGAAUGUAUUUAUAAUCGCUAUUUUGAAAUAAAGAAAACACAUUGUAUUGUUUUUAACCCUGAUUUGAUUUAUUACUAUUUUACAUUCGUUUAUAAAGCAAAAAAAAACACUAUAAAAUCUAAUGUAAAUCACAGAAAGGAACUAUUUUAAUGAAUUUUGUUUGCCUUUAACUACAUCAAGAUAUUAGAAAGAAUUUAUUAAAUGCCAUUUUUGUGAAAGCAUUAAUAAAAUUGUUUCCUACAAUGGUACUGGUGAAGCCACAGUUUAUUAAAUAUAUUUGUCUUUCCAUUACUUUUCAGAAGAAACAAAACAGUAGACAAACUGAUCAUUAUCACUCAAAGUUGAGGGUAAGACAUAUAGCUCUAAGAUAGCGUUUGUACCCCCUAAUUGUUAAAUCUCUAUUAAAAGAUGCCUCCUUCACAGACAUAUUUGCAAUCUGUGUUCCUUUCCACUGGCUCCUUUGGAGAAGAUCAGCACUUGCCCAUUCUUAUUAAUCAGCAGGAAUCUGACAGAACUUCAGAUAAGCAAAUAUUAGUAUUUAGCCUUAAAAAUCAUCUCAAACACUUUUAGAAAAUCCCCAUACCUCUAGUCUUAAUGAAAUAAACAUUACUAAUUAUAAACAACAUUCAUGGGCAAAUUGUGAUUUCCAACUUUUUUCCAUUAAAGGUAGAAAAAAUGAUCAAUAUGUCACCUAAAGCAGUUAUGAUAGAAGAAAAUGAACCCAUGGCAUUAUGAGCAAUGGGAGGGCAGAAAAGAAUAUGAGCAGAUUGCAUUGACCAAUAAGCUGUGUUUAGAGCAUGUGUAUUUAAAGGAAGAGAAGAUAGGAACAGAGAGAAAAUGUAAGUUAAGAUUGGUGUAGCCUUAUUUCUACACAUAGUUUUGACAAAAGUAUGAAUAUUAUAGCAGCACUUUUGAACUAGAUACCUCAUGUGUCACAAAUGACACAUCAUGGAAUUGAGUUCUCUGUGAAUAUUGAGCACAGGGCCUUGGAUCUCAGCCAUUUUCUUUUGUAGACAAAUGGCCUUAAAUCAGAGGUUGACUCAUUUCCAAUCCUCAUUCAGUUAUCCACCAUAGUCAGUUGGGAUGAACUAGAAUAUUUUGUUUGUGGUGUUACUUACUGGGAAUGACAGGAGAUAUACAUCAUGUUCAUCUGAUAAUUUUUUUGCCCCCAAUCUCAAGCUUUCUGAAGACUUGUUUUAUUAAAAGCAAAUGAUAAACCAAAAACGAAUUUUAUAGGUUAUUUUGAUUGAAAAUGCCUUAAAGUAAUUUAAAAAUUUAUUUCAUUCAUUUCAUUUCUAUUUCUAUGCCAUUGAUUUGUAGGAUAUCAUUUUAGGAGCAAAUUUUAAGGAAUAAAAACUAUCUUCUAUUGUAUAUAAAAAUAUGAUUUUUUUAUUUAAAACAUUUAAACUUGUUUUUUCCAUGUCUAUAGAGGAAUUAUAAAGGAAGACUGAAACCUUUGAAUUCUUUGGGCCAAGAAAUUGCUAGUGAGAAUGAAAACAUGCACGUUCCUCAGCGUAUGAUAAUAAUGAGACUCCCGCCUCUAUGUGUAGAAGCCAGAACCAAAACAGAAAUUUUCAAUUCUCCACUUUGGUGUGACUUAAAAAGCCAAUGAAAAAGGCUUUAGAGAGAUAAUGUGAAUACAUAAGGAAUAAACACACACUAUUACUUUUAAGUUACGAGUAAGGAGGAGAUAGUCCUUUGAAGUUGAUGUACAAUCUAUUUCUCUUAGUUGGCAACUCACAAAAUUCACAAAUACUAGAUCAUGUAAGAUACUGCUGAUUAAUAGCCUAAGAAAGCCAUGUUGUAUGGUGGAUAUUGCUCACGAAAUAUUUGAAAAUCCCAGUAAGCUCUGUUCUCCUUGCUAAGAGUGCAUUGUAUAUUUCCAUCAUUGUUUCAUGUAAACUGAAUCAUUGUGCUACAGUUCUGGAGUUGGUAUGCAGUGACUUUAAUGCUGUUUUCAUGAAUAAAAGUCUUUU